AUGGAUUACGAUGGGCGUCUCUUGAGGUUGUUCUUGCUGUUUGUCUGGGGAUGUGUGAUAGUGUCCGCUGGACGAGCGCCCUCCACGCUGGCAUCACUAGACACCAACGCAUUCACCACUAUCCGCAAUAUCGACUUUCCGGAACACAGUGUACGUAUCAAAAGGUCGACGAUUUGCCAAUCAGAACGUGCAUAUACUGGCUAUAUCGAUAUAGGAGCGAAGCACCUCUUCUUCUACUUCUUCGAGAGCAGGAACGCCACAUCCGUGGAUACGAUCUAUUUCACGAAUGGAGGACCUGGCGGCUCCUCUUCAAUAGGCCUAUUCUUUGAACUCGGCCCGUGUCUCAUUCGUGAGACGGUCGACGGACCUAUAAGAAAUUCAUUAUCUUGGUCAGAGCGGGCGAAUCUCCUCUUUGUCGAUCAACCCGUCGGCACUGGAUUCUCUUACGCCGAGCCCGGAGAAUAUGUUGAUACGACACCCCAGGCAGCCGAGGACAUCGCUGCUUUCAUGGCCAUCUUCUUCAACAGAUUCACCUCGCUACGCGGUGGGAAGCUUCAUGUAGCUGGCGAGUCGUUCGGCGGUCGGUUUGCUCCCCUCAUCGCGGCAGCGGUGUACGACCAAAAUGCGGUCCUUCAAGAUAUCGAGGGCAUGGACCCGGUUAACCUCGACUCCGUCAUCAUAGCAAAUGGAGCUACGGACCUCAUCGCCACCUAUGUGUACGCGUACGAGACGCUCUGCACAGACAUCAUACACGGACAACCCAUUAAAAUGGGCAUCUCUACUUGUUCUCGGAUGCAAAAGGCGGCCCCGCGGUGCAUGAAAUGGGCUACCGCGGCAUGUGUCGACACCUUCGAUCUCAUGAGCUGCGAGGCCGCCCAACGAUUCUGUGUUUCAGAACUCUUCGAUCCAUUUCAAAGCCUCGGUUAUAGUGACUACGACAUGGCCAAGCCCUGCCCGAGUAACGACCCUGAAGCGCCACCUUGCUAUAACGAGCUCCUUGCUAUACAAGAGUACCUCAACCUCAGUCAUGUCAAAAUGGCUCUCGGUGUAGACACGGACCACGUACCGACCUAUACUCCCGUGGCUUUGGGUGUCAGCGCCGCUUUUCAUGCAAGUGGGGACGCAUACAAGGAUUCCGUUGAUUAUGUCGCAGCUCUCUUAGAACGCACCGUCAGAGUGCUCGUGUACACGGGUGAGCACGAUCUACUGUGCAAUUGGCUCUCUGGUGAUGCGUGGACGCGCCAUCUGGACUGGACGGGCCAAUCAGAUUUCAACGAUGUUCCCCUGCGUGAAUGGAUGGUGGAGGGUGAAGUGGCCGGUCUAGUGCGCUCUUCAGGAAUCUACACGUUCGCGACGAUUCGCGGAGCGGGACAUAUGGCACCUCACGACAAGCCGAAAGAAUCCUUCGAGCUGAUCUCCAGGUGGUUAGCGAAUACACCAAUAGUUUAG